CAUCAUCAUCAUCAUCCCUCCUCCUCCUCCUUUCUACUCGCUACCCCAUGAUGAGUUCCACUACUUCCCUCCCCAGCGUUCUUCUUUCCCCCGCUGCUGCUUUGGCGCUCUGCAGGAUGAUGGACAGCUGAGGAUCUGCUACACCCGCGAGCUGUGCAAGCAAGCCCGGCAGACGCUGGCAAACAAUCCGACUACUUACAGGAGGCAGAGAGCCGCUUUCCGCGGGGCCGCCGGAGGCACUUUCCGCUCGCCCUCUCCUUUUGGAGAGAUUCGCGGCUGGGGGCGGAGUUGCGUUUCCAUCCUGAGGCACCUUGCUUGGCACUUUUUUUUUUUUUUAAAGGGGGGUGGGUGGGCUGUUUCCGAAGGCUGCUGCUACUGCUUCUCUGUGUGGUGGUGUUGCUGCGGAGAGGGGAAGGCGAUCCGAGGCGAGGGAGAUCGGACUUGCAGGAAUAUCCGCUUGGGCCAGGCUUGGCGCCCUGUCCAGACAGGGGCCCUCUGUGCAGGUUGAUCCAUUGGUGCAGCUCCCCAAGAGCACCCCCCUCUCCGCGUUUCCCGCUUGAGCCCUCCCUCCGGCUCCGAUCCUGGGAUCCCCACGAGAGGAUUGCCUUUACGCCCCCACGCGUCUGGCCGGAGGGGAAGCCUCUUCUCCCGAGCGAGGAGUUUUCCCCUCCCCCGAUGAGCGGACUCCCCCGGCGGCGCUGAGAGGGGAACUUCGGGCGCAUCGGCCAGGUUGGAACCGCCAGCUUUGCUACAGAGAUUGCUGCAAACUUUUUCCCAGCUGCCCCCAGCAGCUCCGCUCCAGCAUGUAAAGGGAAGCACCAGCAACGGCCUCUUUCCUCUCAGACGCGGCCCCUUCCGCCCCCAAGGUUACCCAGGUUGCGUGGAGAAGGAGUCCCCGCUGCGCCCAGAGGAGUAAUGCUCAUCAGAGAAGUCUUGCUGCUCCUCCAUUGCUGCUGGCCUUCCUUGCUGUUGCACUGGGCCCUCCACCCCAUCUGGGGCUUCAUUCAGAUCACUCAGGGUGAACCCCAGAAGUCAUGCUCUAAACCUGUAGCAGAGAAAGUGACAGACAGCUGCCAGCAGAUCUGCCAAUGUAGACCACCUCCAUUGCCACCCCCACCACCUCCUCCACCACCGCCCAGGUUGCUUGGGGUCUCAUCUCCCACAGCUCCCAUUUGCCCCACUGGAGAGUCCUGGUGGCCAGGCCCGGUUAUCAUUAUAGCAGCAUGCUGCACCACGCCACUGUUCCUCUUUCUAGUUUUCAUCAUUUGCUACAAAGCCAUAAAAAGGAAACCACUGAGAAAAGAAGAGAACGGAACAAGUCGAGCUGAAUAUGCAAUGACCUCCUCCCAGAACAGCAAGACAGUUGAUGUUAACAAUGCGGUGGUAUAAUUUCCGAGACUUCCCCUUGAGUAGUAAACAUUAAAAGCACACACAGCAUAUGCAAGGUGGGUGAUAUGCAGCAAUGAGAGAAGCCUGUGGCUGAGGACUUCAUUUCAGAAAUAGCGCACGUAUCAGUUGUUCUGAGAAGAAAAGCAGACAACUCCUCUUCGACCUGUUGAUUGCCACAAAGGGAGGGAUAAACUUCAGUCAGGGCUACUCUGAGUAAAGGCCUCAAAACGGCAUAAUGACUGCAUGCCACGUCUGUUGAAAGCAACUUCACAAUGCCCCAAACUUCUUCUUUUCCUUUCCUUCUUAUUUUUGAUUGACUGUUUUAAAACAAAACAAAGCCCUGCUUCAGUAGAAUCCUUUGAUGGUGAAGGUGAUCUGUCUAGAGCAGGAGCAUAUUGUAAUUGGACCUGAAAAUCCAAGCUUUACCUGCAUGGCUCUGCAUUUUUAUUUUUAUUUUCAUUUAUAAGCCAUUGGCAUUCCCAUUCUUAAUUAUGAUGGCAUUGUUCAGUGGGAAAGUUUCCAUUCACCCACAAAGCAACCUCCCCAUAAAUUACAUGAUUGCUCUCAUAAAAUCUACACCUACAUCUACAGCCUGGUGACUAUGCAAUUUCCACGGCUGGAGACUUUUCAAACAGAAAGAAGUCGCAGUACGAUCCUCAGCAAUUAGCAUUGCUAAUCAAAGAGAAAAAUACUACAGGUAACAACAUUUAAAGGUGCUUUGAAUACUGUUAAUCCAUAAUCAGUCUUAUUUUCCUCUUUGUUAUCACGUAGCAUUUUUGUCCUAGGUUUUAGAAAAAUCCCAAAUUUCUGCUCCUCGGUUGCAGUUCUGCACAAUUUUGCACAUGUAUCAACACCACACAAAUCUGUAGGCAGGAUUUCAAUAGAAUGGCUUUAAAUUAUUUGGGUUGGGACGUGAAGGAAGGCUAAUUGCAAUGCAAAUGGAAGCUCCUUUUUCUCUACUUGCCGCUCAGAUGUCCUGAAGGCUCCUUGUUCCUGAGUAUCUCUUCCUCCAAGGGACUUCUUCUGACUAAAAGGACUCUCCACUUAGGGAGAAAGCUGUGUUAUCUCAGUCCUCUCUCGACAAAGGACUGCCAACUGUGCCAAAUUAUAUGUGAUAGCUCUGUGUUGUACCACUUUGUGAUAAGGACCGCAAACAACUUAAGGCUGAAUCCGCCAAACCCAUUUUCAUGUAACAAUGUGUUAGGCUCAGUCACCUUAAUUUCUUAAAAGCCAUUGUUCAGUCGCAGGUGUUCACCAGCACCUAGAUUGAGAUGUUAAAAACAUGACAUCUAUCGUUCUUAUGCCUCUAUUUAUCACUGUUCCAAGAGCAGCCCCUGCUAAAACAAAAGUGUGCCAUGCUCUAGCUUCUUGUCCGCUGUCGAGCUUCAGUGAUAUUCUGUCUUGGUGUGUUUGAGCAAUCUAGACAAGCUGGCAUAAGCACUGUUGCAUCUUGCUUGCCAGUACAGUCCAUUAGUGCUGGGAAGCUGGUGUUCCAGUUCCGUUUAUUCGAGGAUGGGCCCAGCCUCCAAUAUCUGUAUCCAUAACUCCAAAGAGGUAGACCCCAGUCCAGAGCACCACAUCUGUACCAGUGUGCACCUAGUAUUCCUCUGCACACUGGCUUCUUCCAUUCAUACCAACACUGGAGAAAUGAGGAAGUUCUUGCAAGCCUAUGAUGGAUGACCUGCGUGCACUGGAUCUCCUGCCCACUAAUAUCACUGGUUGAUGGUGUCAAGAGUUGAUAGUCAAAUGUUUAAUAUCCAACCCACAAACAAAAUAUGAGGCACCUGUGAAAAUUUGGAACCUUGAAAGCCUAGUCCAUUGUUACAUUUCGGUAGAGAAUUUCAAUGUGGUAACAGCAGGGGCUGGCCCCAGCCUACACACACACACACACACACCCCAUCAAAGAUGAUAAUAUAUCACACUUAUCUGUAUGCAGAAUGUGUCUCACAUUAUGAUCCGCUUAUCCUGCAUAGAAGAUUAUGGACGGGAUGGAAUAGAGCCACAAAAGCCCGAGGCUGCAUUGUUACUACUGUAUAUUGAAUUGCUACAUUGAAUUUCUCUCUUCAGAAAUACUUUCUGGCACCAUCCUCCAUUAAAUUCUUGAGGUAUUCCAAUUUACAUUUUUAAGCAUCCUUUUUAGGUUACUAAAUGAUAGGUUAUGUGUAAAUAUAUGUAUUCUCUAACAGGGAAAACAAAAAGCUGCUAUUUAAGGUUUAUGGAGAAAUCCAUUGAGUUAUUAGUUUGUCCACUUAGCAUUCUAACCUUUCUUCCCUGUCUAGGAAUAUAGCUAUUACAACUGUUUAAAUGUCAACGCUUCCUUAAGGGGGAAUGGAAAGAGUUAUCAACAACGCUGUGCUUAACAAACACAAAUAAUAUCCUUCCAGAUGUUUGGUACAUUCUGGCACAAAAUCAGUUGCCAAGUUUGGAAUAGGGUUGCUUUGGCCAAUGUAUUUAAAAUGUCACAUAUGUUUAUAAUUGCACUUUCCCCUCAAUGCGGCGAUGAAUGUUUUCUGGCUCCCCUCCCUCACACACACUGAGAAGCUAUUCCUGCGUGGUCAUUUCCCCCAAGUCCUUUUUGUUAUAUUGGACUGUGGACAUAACCUGGGCAGGUUCAGAAUCACUGGCAGGCUAAUGCUGCACAUGCACAAGGAACAAAGAGUUGUGUACCUGUGUGGCGUCAUGGGGAUGUUGGAAGCUGCACCCUUGUGUAAAGGUUCCUUGCAAAACAUAUGAGGAAGAGGUUUGACAACAGGAGGCAUACCACCUUAUUUCACAAAUGUUUUGCGAGCGCAACAGUAGGCUGGAACUCGAGCUUCUGGCAUAGCACAUCUGGAUAGUGCCACAUGUUUGUACAAGUGCAGUGUUAGUCGAGCUAUCAGCCGCCAACUUACAUUGCUAAGACAUGAUUUAUACCUAUGCAUGCUGUAUAGGCAGCCAAUUAUUUUAAAGGGAUCUGUCAGUGAUGGGGCUGGUUCAGAUGUGAUGCAGAAGUUCCCACAUCAUGCUCCUGAGUCUUGGGAGCACUUGCUCUCUCCUCUAAUGCCCGAGCAAGCAUCUACUUCCUAUAUUGGUUAAAAUAAAUCAAGAUCAGUUAUGAUGUCCAAACAAGCCAUCUUGGUUUAUUAAAACCUAGUUACUUGUAAUAAGCCAUGAUCUGUAGCUCACAUCAAGCCUUGGUUUCCAAACAUAGUUUAUUUCAAGUGAGUCGGUUAGAACAAACCAAGAUCAGUCAGUUCAGAUGUUAUGACUGGCCUUGGUUUAUUUUAACCUACAUUGGGAGUAGUUACUUGUGCAGGCAUGGGAAGGGAGUGCAUGCUUCCUGAGGCUCAGGGUCAUCACACAAACCAAGGCUUUAAUUGAGGCUCCAUGUUACAUCUGAACCAGUCCACUAUCUCUGCCAGGUUAUUGAAUCCCAACUGGAAGUCGUCCCUGUCUCUUUUACAGCGCAGUAGCAGCAAGACAAUGAAGCUAUUGUUUCUCCCAAGCAACACGGACCCCCUCCCCCCACUUCAUGUUGGAGCAAAUAGAACUCUCUUUUGUUUCAUAUCAGGCAGAAAGGAAGGCUGGGCAAAGGGGCUAAGGGAGGAGCCAUGGCUGCAUCAUCACUGCUGGGGUCGGUUGGUUAUUUGAGCGUGUAAAGCUGCCUUGCUGCAAGUCAAACCAUUGGUUCACUAGUCCAGUUCUGUGGAUGGCAGCAGCUCUGAGGGCCACAUGAGCUAUUUAAACAUAUUGCCUUACAGCAGUGCCCUGCUGAUGCAAGAGUGGAGUGCGCUGGUUCUGAGAGUCUGGAAAGCUUGUCCAUACUGCUAGCAAAUGCAGAGAGUCUCUGUGGCUUCUAAGGGUUGUGUCUGCCCAGUCGAAUGUUUCCCCCUUUGGAAAUGAUGGGAGAAGCAUCCUCCAGGAAAGAUGCGAUCCUUAGGAGCCACAGGGGCUCUCCACGUUUGCUAGCAGCAUUGUCAGGUUUCCCAGACCCCUGUAACAAGCAGGCAUGUCGCACUCCUCCAUCGGUGGGCACUGUGCAGUAUGUAAGGCAUUGUUGUCCAAUUUGAGUGGGGUUACUUUAAGACAGCAGCUGCUCAGGAAUCUUAAAUCACCCCCAAUGGCACCUUUGCAGGGUCACAGCCGUUGUGGGGUUUAGCUUUCAGUGGGGAAAUGGUGCCGAGGAGAUGAGUGUGUGUUUUCGAAACCUUUCUCCAGAUUGGGCCCCUGAAUGGCUGCUCUUUUAAGGUUUUUGACAAUUAUAUCUGUAGUAUAAAUUCCAGUUUGGCCCUUAAGAAAGGGUCUUUCCCGGAAGGGCUGCCUCUCGUCUUUUAACUGGAAGCGCCUGGGGUGGGCCGCCUGGGACCUUCUGCAUGCAAAGCACAGAUUCUGCUCUUAUGCCAUGACAGCCCUCUUCAGAAUGUCACUGGUAAAACUCACUGUGACAAUUGGCCAUAAGCCAGGCGUUCCCAAACAAAGGCCAUUGUAGCUGAGGAUCAUGGAAGUUGUAGUCCAGCAACAUCCAAGGACCCAGAGAAUCCCUGCCAUAAUUAAAUUUUAAUUGUUUUGUUUUUAUUUUGAUGCAAACUGCCCUGAGCCAUUUUUGGAAGGGCAGUAUAUCAACCAAUCAGUCAAUCAAUCGAAUAAAUAAAUAAGCUACGGUCAUCCAAACCUGCCUGAACCUUUGCCUACUGAGAAAAGCUGGAAGAAAGAGAACCUGAGAGUUGCCCUCACAUUUGGCACUGCCAUUGAUUAAAGAGGUUUAUUUAUUCAUUAAAUGAACCAUUCAUUAAAGGGGGCUUGUUUGGCAGGAUUUUUGCACAUUAAUUGAGUUUAACAAAUGUUUCACCAGUAGCUGUGCCUGGUGAAUUAGCUGCUGUUGGCCUGUUACAUAUGCUGCAUCUCCCUGUAAUGGCCAUGUUUUCUGCAAUUCAUUUAAACUCUAGAUGCCUCUGGAAUAGUGGUCUUGUAUAAGAUGGCCCUCACCUUGAAAGCACCUUGAAUUCUACAGAAGAAUAUUUACAAAGAGGUUAUUUGUUACUGUUAUCAUUACUACGAUACAUCAUUCAAAAAUUUAUGGAGAACUGUUGAGUUGUGCAAUAGCAACAUAAUAACAUAUACAAAUUCUAUUAUUUGCAUUAUUGUCCUCACAUUGUCAGAAUUAUUAAAUUAUUACCAAUAUUUAACAGAAUGCCUAUUAAGAAAUGCUUAGCAGAUUCUAUACAUGUCAGUGAGCCACUCCAAAUUGGUAGCGAAAUCAUACUUGUUUGGCUUCUCAGUGCAAGCCUUGUGAAAUGUCAAGUUCAAAGAUGGAUACUGGCCAUGAUUUGCCAGGAAUAUAGAAGAUUUUGCUUCUUCUGGAAUAUAUAGAAAAAACUAUUUCUGUUAGUAUUUUUGGGACCACCAACUACCAGUAGGUUUGCCAUGCUCCCCAGAAUUCCGCGUAUUGCCUGGAGUUUAAGCAUCUCACCUGGAUUGCUUAGCCCACCUAGAUUCACCCAGAUUUCAGAUUUUGAGGGGUGUGUCUGUGUGUGUCUGUGUGUGUGUGUGUUAAGCUAAGCUCUAGCCCUUGUAGAAGCAGUUAUGGAGCAAAACACUGCUGUUCUGCUCAACUGCUGGACUUGGAUUAAGAGGGGGGAAACGCAGGAGGCUAGCUCAGAGAGUUUAACUUUCACAAGUACAGUAAUCCCCUGAGGAAUGUUGCCUUGUUUGUUAUCAGCAGGGGAUCUCUAUCAGGCAGUUUAGAGGAUAGCUUGCUUGUGAUGUGACUCAAUAACUGCCUACCAGACUAUGUAUUGUAAUGUUUAAGGACUCAAUGCAUGCCUACUUAGAAGUGAGCACUGUUGGUUUCAAUCAGAUCUUCUCUCAAAUAAGUGUGUACAGAACUGCAGCCUUAAUUGAAAAGCUGUGCAUUUUUUGGUUCUAUUCCUGCUGUUAAUAUGUCAAAGAAAAUGGUCAGGCAAAGAUACCUUCCCCAACUAUUGUUGGUAGAUAUCCAGAGCAAAUACAAGUCAACAGGAAAGUGCAGCUGUUAAUUUGCCUAUGCAAAUUAUUUUCAAGCCAGUUUACAUAAUGUGUUAAUUUGGCACCCAGAUUUGGAGAGCCAGAAUAUGGCAGCCCUAACCACCACCACCACCCACAAGCAGCAGUACAACACGUUUACGGCACAGUGUGCACUAUGCGCAGGCAUAGCAGCUUAUAGGACCAGGCAGGAUGAGGAUGCACUGGGGCAAGGGGGAUGUAUAAUUUGUUCUGUCCGGUGGUGAAACUCCACCCUAGUAUAACUGUAGCAACAGAUACUGGUCCUGCCAGUACAAUUCUUACCCAGCAUUCUUAGGGUGAGAACCUUCAAGAUGAAUCCAACAGUGUAGCUUUUGAGUAAGGGGAAUUGUAUGAUGAAUGCAGGGAGAACUUCAUGGCUGUGAUCCAUGAGAAACUAUUUUGUGUGAAGCUGCACAAAGAAGUGUUUGUGGCCUCUAAAGCAGACCCUUUGGACUAAAAAGUACAUAUAUAUUAUAUAUUUAUUCGGUUUCUAUACCACCCUUCCAAAAAUGGCUCAGGGCGGUUUACACAGAUAAAUAAUAAAUAAAUAAGAUGGGUCCCUGUCCCCAAAGGGCUCACAAUCUAAAAGGAACAUAAGAUAGACACCAGUAACAGUCACUGGAGGUACUGUGCUGGGGUGGAUAGGGCCAGUUACUCUCCCCCUGCUAAAUAAGGAGAAUCACCAUGUUAAAAGGUACCUCUUUGCUAAGUUAGCAGGGGUAAUACAAAGGAAGACCACACUCAACUCUUGGGGCUGACCUACACCUUUUAUAUAGUCUUCCUUAGUCUAUACCACUUUGGGGAACAGGGGGACAAUAUUUGGAUGUCCUUCCACUUCACAGAAUUCUGUAGCCAUGGAUUCCUAACAUAUCAGGUUUCUAAUCUGGCUUUCCCCCUGACAUCUACUCUUCCGUAUGAGGCAAGAUUUUAUUUUAUUUUAUUUUACAUUGGGGAGCAUUCAAUCAUGCAACCUCCCCUCCCAGCAUUUUGAAUUGGUAUAGUCCUGGAAGGCAGUACCACCUGGUGUUUCUGGAUAUGUAGCUCAGCCCUCAGUCUUCCAAAGAGGAGGACAAAUGAGGUGAUGCCCUCAACAGAGAACUCCUAGAGCUUUGCUACGUACCCAAGGUUUUGUUUGAAACAGUACAGAUUUUUUUGCAAAAGCUUCCAUAAAAGGAGCACAUGUGCUUUCCAAUACACUUAAUUUAAUACCAAUGAAAUAUACAAGUCUUGACAGAUAAAAGCUUCUUCACAAUGGGGCCCCAUUGCACUAAAAAUUGGUAAUUCGAGAUAGCAAUUUACAGGGAUUUAAAGUUUAUUUUUAUUCUCUAAAAUUAGAUUCUAAAAGGCUCCACAUAUCUGGGGGGCAUGUAGUCAGCAAGGUUUUCAGUCCUAACAUAGCUCCACAAGUCUAGCUGAAUGUGCACCAUGGUUUCACCCAAAGAGCUAUGAUUUUUCUUGGUUUGCAAUUUCUCUGCCAUGAUAAGAGAUUUACGGGAUAUACAUAGAGGGCAUGAUCCAGUUAGAGUUAAACACUUCUGAGUCCCAUUUGUUUCCAUGGGGGAGUAGAACAAAGCCCGAUUUUAAAUAUUCUUCCAUUGAACUGUGACUUACAGGCAUUUAACUCUGACAGAAUCAUGACAAUAUAUAAUGUAAGUAUGGACCUGAAUUUCCAUUGCCUCGCACUCUGCAUCUUUGUUUGUACCAUGCCAAAUGGGUGUAAAACUCUCCUUUUUAGGUAUAGUGUCAUGCCCAUUUUGCACUUGCUUUGCACAGGUAUAUAUAAUAACUAAAUAGUCCAAGGCAAUGGAGACUCGUGACUGUUAUAAAUAUAUUUUUAUAUAUCUUUACAACCCCUCCCUGCAUCUCUAUGAACAAAAUAUAUGAUUUUUAAACUGCAAAGAUAGCAUAUUAAAAAAAAACCUAAUGCAUGAAUGUAAAUACUCUUAAGAUCUGCCUUCUUGACUGCGUGCCACAUGUACAGAUUCAAACCGCUAUUGUCCAUAGAAAAAUCUGUACCAGUGGUUAAAUGACUAAAGAGGAUGGCCACGAUCCAAAGAGUUCUUUUAAAGAACACACAAAUGCCUCGUGCAUUCACCAAGGUGGCUGUUUGGGGAGGGAAGGUUGAGAAACCUCAUGUUGUGCAUGGAGCUUCUUGGAUCAUGGCCAAAAUCAAUCUCAGAAUAAAUGUUGUCAUGUUUCUAAGACAAGCCAUUAAUGUACGUCUCGCAUUUAAGGAUAUUGCUCAAUACUUAUGUUCUGUACCAAAAAAAAAACCUGUGUUGCAUAUACAGAUUGUGCAGUACCCUGUCUAAAAAGGCACCAUAACUAAUUUUUAUUUUAAAUAAAAAUGUACUUAUUAAAAAAGUUA